UUGUCGGAUGACCGGGUAUAUAAUCGUUAUUGCUCGCUCGCUCGGGCUCGACCCCCUGGCAGCUUCUCGCUAGUGGUGGGAAACUAUCGAUAGUACUAUCGAUUAAUCGAUAGUGAUUGCCGUUAUCGAAUUAUCGAUAGUCGGUAAGACAUCUAUCGAACUAUUGCAGCGCCCAUGCCCAGAGACCCAGACCCGGCAAAGAACAGUUGGAAACUGGGAGCUAGAGUGUGUCGUGUCAUUUUACGUAUUUACUCAUUAUUUUAAAGAGUAAAUGUGAGGUAUAUUAUAUAGGAUUAUAGGUAAGUGAUGUUUUCUAAUAUCUCCUGUUUAAAAAACUUAACCUAACCUAGCUAUUGCACUAUUUGCAUUUGCACUGUUGUGUUCAAGUGUUCAUUGUUGUUGUUGGUGUUGAUGGCAGGUCAUGGGUUUGAUGUUUAAUGAAUUGAGAGCAUGAUAACUAAAUAUAACAUCAAUAUUAUUACUUCUAUUUUUUACAGCUUUAUUGUAUCCGUUUUGUCAAAUUCUAUUAUAAAAUCAAGCAUGAGCAUAAGGCUGAAGGGUUCCUCUUUCGUUUGGAAUUAUUUUGAAAAAAAAUCAAAUUAUUUUGCAAGUUGCACUUUAUGCAGGAAAGAAUACUCAACGAGCGGCAACACCUCAAACAUGAUUGAUCAUCUCAAACGCAUGCACCGUAAAGAAGUUUCUGAGUUAAAUGAGGAGGAGAUAGAGGAUGAGGAUAAUGACAAUUUACCUUCAACUUCAUCUCCAAAAAAGAAAUUCCGCCAAACUGUUCUACAACUGAGACAGCCCUCAGAUUUUUACAAAAAUAAUAAUCAUAAAAAAAUGGUAUUAGAUAAAAAAAUUGCUUUAAUGAUUGCAAUUGAUCUGCAGCCCUAUUCGUUUGUAGAAGAUAGUGGUUUUUUAAGUUUAAUACAUGAAUUAGAUGCACGAUAUAAGGUACCAUGUAAGAAAACUUUUACUGAGAAAAUUAUUCCUGGGAUUUUUGAAGAAGCGUCCAUUAAAUUGAAAAAUAUUCUGAUCAAUAUUGAUUGGUUAUCUUUGACAACUGAUUUAUGGACCUCAAUAAAUUCAGAGUCGUACAUUACCCUAACUUGCCACUUUUUAUACGAGAAUGAAUUGAAAUCUUGCGUUCUUGAUACAUCUGUAAUGAUGGGCCAGCAUACUGCUAAGGAUAUUGCUUGUCACAUUCAGACUAUUCUAGAUCACUGGACGAUAACUAAAAAUAAAAUAGUGUGCAUUACUACUGAUAAUGGAAGUGAUGUGAAAGCAGCUUGUACUAUCUUACAAAUAAGAAAUCUCCCGUGCUAUGCACAUACUCUAAACUUAGUAAUUAAAGAUGCAAUAAAAGAGAAUAAAGAUUUUGAUGCAAUCGUUAAAAAAUGUAGUGAUAUUGUUACAUUUUUUAAAAGAAGUAACAAGGCCAUGAAAGUUUUAAAUAAUGAGCAGGUUACGCUCGGUCGGAAAGUGCCACUAAAAGUCUUAAAAGACGUCUUAAAAGACGUAGAAACAAGGUGGAAUAGCACUUAUAUUAUGUUAGAUAGACUUAUUGAAAUUGGAGAUGCGUUGACCAUAGCACUUAGCAAAUCUGCUAAAGCUCCAUCCAUUUUAAUGCCAGAAGAAAAAGACGUGAUAACUGAGGCUCUUUUAGUCUUAAAACCAUUUAAAGAUAUAACGGAAAAAAUGUCAGGAGAUAAAUAUGUUACGGCAUCAUUAAUAAUACCAAUGACAGUGGAAAUACAAAUGGAAUUAACUCGACUUAGACCCACUCUGAAAUGUUCUAUAGCUCAAGGGCUAGAAAAAUCAUUACAAAGUGUUUUGAGUAAUAGAUUGUUCAAAUACGAGGCAAGACAGAAACCUCAAAUUAGCACUUUUUGUGACCCAAGACUGAAGAAACUCGCAUUUUUGUCCACCAUUAACGCCAAAACUGCUCAAGAUUUAACAGAAGACGAGGUGAAAAGGAUAAUUCAUAAAAAUAAAAAUGAAAUCAGAACUAGAGAUUCCGGAGUUUCAGAAAGAGAAGAGCCUAAAGGAAUUUUCAAAUAUUUACAAGAGAGAGACAAAAAUGUAACGAAUAGUAAUACUAUAUAGCAGCUGCUAUAACAAUAGUAAAUGAUUACAUCAAAGAUAGACUGAAACCUGAAAACGAAGAUCCUAUUAAAUUUUGGUUGUCAUGUAAAGACAAUUUGCAACCUCUAGCAAAAGUAGCUUGCAAAUAUUUGAUUAUUUCGGCCACCUCCGUUCCAGCUGAAAGAAUAUUUUCGAAAGCAGGAGAAAUUCUUUCCAAAAAAAGAUCAAGACUAAAAUCAAAAAAUGUGAAUACAUUAAUUUUUUUAAAACAAAAUCAAUGGCUCAUAAAUUAAUAGUAAGUACAUCUGUAAAACUACUUAUUUACUAACGAUUAAAUAAAUUUCUUUUGAAAAAC